GAUAGGUAUUGGUAUUUCACUACCCUCUUCCUGGUUAUCGUGGCACCCGGAAACUUGGGUUUCAAUUGUGCGCUUGUGACAGAUGGAGGUGGAGGGAUUGGGAGGGCCCUCUAGGAUGAUUUUACAUGGAAAGGCAAAAAGGUUAUUACUAGUUGUUAGUCGAACAGAGUCAAAACUAAAGGCAGCUACCGAGGAAAUAGGUGCUACUGGAUACUAUGUUCUCGACACCGGUUCAAUAACCGAUGUUGUACCCUUUGUUAGUCGUACUACUAGUGAUCACCCCGAGCUUGACUGUCUACCUAGGUACCUUUAACAAUCCUAGUGUGCAAAGGCCGUUACAAAUCCAGAAACAAACACUUGAAGACUGCCUCUCAAAAGCUGAUUAAGAGAUUGAUAUCAAUAUUCAUAGGCCGGUUUACCUUACUAUGAAACUC